CAGUUAAUCUUAGGGGAGGUUGUAAGCGAUGAGGCCUUUUUCUCUUACCGCUUUCAAGACUGCGUCCUUGGUUUUGGUUUUCAGCAUUUUAAAACGGUGUGUCUGUGUGUGGGCCUCUCCAUUUGUCCUCCCUGAUGCUCCUGGAGCUCCUUGGCAGUGUUCAUGUGUUUUUCUUAAGGCGGAGAGGUUUUUUUGUGAAUCACAUUGGGGCAGCAUAUUUUUCUUGCUCCUCCCCUUCUUUCCUCUGCUGCACCUUGUACGUACGUUGGUGCACCCAGUGGUGUCCUGCGUUUCUCCGAGGCUCGGUUCCCUUUUCUUCGUUCUUUUUCCUCUCUGUUCUUCAGACUGCAGAAUCUCUCUUGAUCUAUCUCCAGGUUCACGAAUCAUUCUGCCAUUUCAAAUGUACUGUUGAACCCCUCUGAUGAAUCUUUUCAUUUUAGUUCUUGCACCUUUCAACUCCACAACUUCCCUUUGGUUCUUUCUAUAGUUUCUAUCUCAGUAUCAAUGUUCUUCAUUUGCUGAAAUGUGGUCAUCGCGCUUCACUUACUCUUUUCAGCGUGGCUUCCUUUAGUCCUUUGAACAUAUUUAUAGUGAGUACUGUGACGUCUUUGUUAAAUCUCACAUCCGGUCCCUCUCAGGUACUUUCUUUUGUCUGGUUUUCUCCUGUGUGGGGGGUCACAUUUUCCUAUGGCUGUGGAUAUCUUGUAAUUUUUUUUUUUUUUUAAACUGGACAUUUUAGACAAUGUUAUAGCAACUGGCCUUACUGGCUUCUUCCCGCCUGGAGGAUUAUGACUCGUUUGCUUGUUUAUUUUUUAGCGACUGGCUGGGCCACGGUCGCGAUGUCUCUUUCCCCUGCAGCGUGAAGCCUGGGAUGCCGCUCCCCAGAGGGCCCAGCCUUGGGCAUGUGCAUGGUCACCUUUGAGUGACGGUGGUUGUAUGGGCCUCUCUUUGUCCAUCCCCGUCCUUAGCUGCUGGGCUCCACCCAUUGUGGGCUGAUCGUUCUGUUGUUUUUCUCAGUGCCUAGGGCAUUGAUUGCUCCGCAGACUGAUCUAAUUAAUUUGGGGCUCCUUUGACAAGGUAGCUUUUGAAUUCAGUGUCUGAGGUUUGUUUUGACCCCAGUAAGGCUCUUGUCCCCAGUUCUGUCUGGGAAAGUAGCCGGGCUGUGGGGCACUUGUUGCACUAAUGGAGGUACCAAGCUUCCUCCUAUUUGCUUACCAUCAAAACCUCCAGAGUCUUUGAGAGUGUCUUUAGGCUUGAACUUCCCACACAUCGUUUCAAAUAGUGUGUGUGUGUGUGUGUGUGUGUGUGUGUGUGUGUGUGUGUAUUUUUCAGGGAGAGCUUCAGAAUUUCUCUUCGACUGCCUGCUUGUCUGUAGACUGAAUCCCCGGGCCAGAGCUCUGGAGCUAAGGGCAGCGACACAGGUGCCUGUCUGAGUGACACUGCUGCCUCAGGGUGGGAACAGUAGCCUCCGGCCUUCUCAGCUUGCCUUUCCCGGUGGGGGACCUCCUGCUGCGGUUUGAGCAGCUGGGCCCCAGUGUCCCUGGCCCUCCUGCCACAUAGGGCUUUUGCCCCGCUGCGCUCACCUGGAACUUGGGCCUCCCUCCGUGGCUGUAGGUGGUGGAGGUCUACUGAGUGAGUGCUGGCCCCACAGCUGUGAGGACGAAGACAGGAGAGAAACUUGGAUUUCAGAUCUUUGUUUUCACUUUUGAAUUAGAGAUAAGGGAUGGUGGGCCUGCAUUAAUAUUUCCACCUUACGAUUUUGGAAGAGGGUGCGUAUCCUAAGGCCAAACAGCUGGUUGUGAUGAGGCAGGGAUAUACUUGUGGGGCCCCUGGCUCCAGAACCCUUCUCAGCCAACGUGUGCCGGACUGCGCAGUCUCCAGGACAUGGCCUUGGGGUUUGUGGUUUGUGGUUUAUGCUUCUCUGGCCUCCCAGGUACAGAUGACUGCAUGCAGGCCUAUGUAUACUUGUCCUCUGCCUCUCCCUGCAGGUGCUCGUCCCUGUGGCCUCCAUGUUUAAAGCGGAACGGGUGUGCAGAGUGGACGCACCUCUCUUCUGGAGCCUCUUUGGGGCCACAAGACCAGGCACUGUUUGAGCGGACACACUGCUCUCUCCUGUGCACCUCAGGGCCUCCUGUGCUGGCCAUGCCUGUGCCCACAGAGGGCGCCCCUCCGCCCCUGAGUGGCACCCCCGUUCCAGUCCCAGCCUACUUCCGCCACGCAGAACCUGGCUUCUCCCUCAAGAGGCCUGGAGGGCUCAGUCGGAGCCUCCCGCCCCGGCCCCCUGCCAAGGGCAGCGUCCCCAUCAGCCGCCUGUUCCCUCCUCGGACCCCGGGCUGGCACCAGCCCCAGCCCCGGAGGGUGACAUUCCAAGGCAAAGCCUCUGAGACCCUUCAGAGCCCCUCCUAUGACCCGAGCCGGCCAGAGUCCUUCUUCCAACAGAGUUUCCAGAGGCUUGGCCGCUUGGGCCACGGCUCCUAUGGAGAGGUCUUCAAGGUGCGCUCUAAGGAGGACGGCCGGCUCUAUGCAGUGAAGCGCUCUAUGUCGCCCUUCCGGGGCCCUAAGGACCGGGCCCGCAAACUGGCCGAGGUCGGCGGCCACGAGAAGGUGGGGCAACACCCGUGCUGUGUGCGGCUGGAGCAAGCCUGGGAGGAGGGCGGCAUCCUGUACCUGCAGACGGAGCUGUGUGGGCCCAGCCUACAACAGCACUGCGAGGCCUGGGGCACCGGCCUGCCCGAGGCCCAGGUCUGGGGCUACCUGCGGGAUACCCUGCUUGCCCUGGCUCACCUGCACGGCCAAGGCCUGGUCCACCUUGACGUCAAGCCCGCCAACAUCUUCCUGGGGCCCCGGGGCCGCUGCAAGCUGGGUGACUUUGGGCUGCUGGUAGAGCUGGGUGCAUCUGGAACUGGUGAGGCCCAGGAGGGAGACCCCCGCUACAUGGCCCCUGAGCUGCUACAGGGCUCCUAUGGGACAGCGGCGGACGUGUUCAGUCUGGGCCUCACCGUCCUGGAAGUGGCAUGCAACAUGGAGCUGCCCCAUGGCGGGGAGGGCUGGCAGCAGCUGCGCCAGGGCUAUCUGCCCCCGGAGUUCACUGCUGGCCUGUCUUCUGAGCUGCGUUCUGUCCUCACCAUGAUGCUGGAGCCUGACCCCAAGCUGCGGGCCACAGCCGAGUCCCUGCUGGCCCUGCCCAUGCUCAGGCAGCCUCAGCCUUGGAACGUUCUGUGGUAUAUGGCCGCCGAGGCCCUCAGUCGAGGGUGGGCCCUGUGGCAGGCCCUGCUUGCCCUGCUGUGCUGGCUCUGGCACGGGCUGGCUCACCCCGCCAGAUGGCUGCAGCCCCAGAGCCCACCAGCCACCCCGCCCGGCUCGCCACCCUGCAGCCUCCUCCUGGACAGCAGCCUCUCCAGCAACUGGGAUGACGACAGCAUAGGUGCAGGGACCACGCAGAGCAGAGCAGAACCGGCAACCUCACGCCUGGGGCGCUGCCUCACGAGGGAGCAGCGCGAGGGCCACGGCCGCCGCCACGGUAGGGCUGCGGUGCCCACAGGUGAGGUGCUGUCCGUCCUCUCCGGGAACACAGUCCCCAGAGCCUGGGGAGCCCGAGCCCCGGGAAAUUCCUUGGUCCUAGGUACCUGGCGGCCAAGUGAGAGGCUGUAAUUAAGAAACCGCUUGGGGCACAGUCCUCAGGAGGAAUCACGCCAUUAACCCCUCUUUAAGGAAAUAUCACCCAUCGCCAUGGGGACGCUUUAUAGCAGACACGAGGUACCAGAUAGGCUUCCUUUGUCAGAAGUUCAUUUGUCAGCCAGCUGUCAAAACCCACAUGUUCUAAAAAGGAACAGAGGUGGCCUUUGAGUGGUCAGAUGGCCUUUAAAAGUUGUGAAAGUGCUUUUUUCAAAGAGCACCAUGCUCUCACUGCUCCCGACUGGGGCCCCUGCCCAUGUCAGGAGCC